AUGGAAGUAUUUUAUGUUAUUAAGAAUCCAGCUAAAAUCUCUUCAGAACUUUACGACUGGUGCCCAGAUGAUGAGAUAUGUUGUAGUCUAUCAAGUAGAAAUAUUUUGGCUUUCAGUUCGGUGUCUGACGACAGAGAGGAAUGUGAAGCAAUCAGUACAACACAGGUUCAGAUUCUGGACCUGGACAAACCAUGGGUUAUUUACAAAGUAGCAACACUGCCGAGUCAAGUAGUCAGCCUAGUGUGGGAUAGAAAUGGAACAAAUUUAUUGAUUGCCACUAGUGAAGGGCAUCUUGAAAUUUGGCAAAUGAAAAACUAUAUGUUGAACAAAUGGAACCGACUUGGAGAAGUAGACUUAUCUGGUGAAGAUAUACUUUCUUUGGCUUGGUUACAUAAUGGAGUUUUGAUAAAAUUCAAUGCUGACAAACGUGAUAAUCUCAAGUAUGGAGAGAAAUUCCCUCACACUCCCUUUUCACCUUCUCUCAGUCAUUAUGGAGGACGUCCAUUGGAUGGUUUUAUUGGUGUCACUUCUACUGGGCUGGUUUCUGUUAGCUUAAUUCAGAAUUCAGAACCUCAUAUCCAGUCAAGUAUUGAGAGUCUUUCCCCUGCUCAUUUACGGGCAUGCCUUGCUGACAUUGCCUACACAGCAAACGGGGACCUGAUGAUCGCCACUAGCGAUGGUUUGCCUUCAUCUGCCAUCCAGUGUUUCCUUGUGUCUUUGUCCAUGGAGCAGACCAGCUGCGUCAUCUCAAGUCGUGCCAGCGCUAGUCUGUACGUCAAGUGCCACACAGAAACCACUGGUGGGGUCGGCAGCGUGGGACGUAACUCAAGCGGCCCGGCCUCUGGUGGUGCAGACCACCAGAAUCUGUGUGUCACUCACCUCCAGUUCGUGAACAAGGACUAUAGUGACACACUGGUGAUCUGUGUCGGGGCACAAAACUAUAGCUGGAUUGACUUUUGGCAGCUGGUUGAGCAAACACAUUCAUUACACCGAAUGUUCCAUACAAACAGUAAACCCAACACAGUGUAUAAAACACCCAAGUGGAUGCAUAAAGCAACAAUUACACAUAAUGCCAUGGUUACUGCCAUUGCUGGGCCCAAGCUUCCUACCAUGCCUUGCGUAAUGGAAACAAGUGGAUUCACCCCUUAUAUUGCUGUGGCCUACAGGGAUGGUACUAUUAAAAUGAUUCAUCGAUACAGUUUUCAGGUGAUCUGUAAUUGCUCUGUGGAUCAAUUACGAGAAUUGAAUAUACCAGAGAGAAAGAAUUUAAACCGCAAUCAAGCAUCACAUCUCUCUGUACUCUUACAAACUCACAGCAGCUGUGGGUUGGUUGGUGUUCGAGACAACAAUAUCUAUUUAUUUCGCUCUGUUAAUGUCAAUGAGACAGGAGUUCAGAUCUCCCCUGCAUAUAUUGUGCUCCUGCUUGAAUAUGCUGCCACUGCUGGUUGGGAUUGGUGGGAUAUUCUCUUGGCUGCCAAACAAAAUAUUAUUGAAGACAUGUGCCAAAAAUUAAAUGACAAUUUUCAAAAGCAACCAACUGCGGUCCAAGAACUGAUGUGUUCGCGUCUCCUAGCAAUCAAAAUGGCCCUGUACAAGAGCAGCGAAACGAGUUAUCACCGAGCAGCAGAUUGCCAGGCUAAACUCUUGCUCUACACAAUUGCCACAGUCUUUAAAGGUAUCCUACGUCCAAGACAGAUAUCUUCUCAAGACAACAAUCCUUCAGAGAAACUUUCCAUGUUGUGCAAUAAGAGCAGCGAGUCAGAACUUGUAAUACUUUUGACAAAUCUGGAAGUAAGUGAAUUUAUAGUUGACUCAGCUUCAUUGCAAUCAUUCCAACCACUAAUUCAAUGGAUUGCAGAUUUCACCUUGCAUCUUUUGGGUUCCAUCCCUUUACAACAAUCCUAUUCUGGCAUUCCUGGCUCUCUGCUUAUCCGCGACAGCUCUGUGCUAAGUGUUCUACGUGAAUUGUUUGUAAUUAUUCGUGUGUGGGGCCACAUCAACCCCAACUGCUUGCCAUUCUUCACGAUGAACUCUUCCAUCGACUGUCUGUCACACUUGUUCAAACUAUUGACCAAGGCAUGGCUGUGUGUGAAGGAAGGGAGCAGUGUGGAGUAUGAUGAGGGACUGGUUAACGACUGCUGCCAUCUGGCCAGUGAGGUGAUGAUCCGAAAUACUCGGCAGAGUUUUAGUCAGGACACGCUCGGUUUUGCCAUGUUCCAUCAGUCGGGUCCUCUACAAUUUGAGCUGGGCAUCGAACCAGAUUAUGUGUACAGUUGCAAGCAAAACCAACAGUACAUGACCCUGCCGGAUAUCACAACAGAAACUAAGCAGAUGUAUGAUGUCGUGCGUCAGAUCAAUCUUGGCAGUAAGGCUGCUGAGCCUGUGAGGGAGUGCAGUCGCUGUGGUUCUGCUUCCCUCAUUCAAAGCAUCUCCACGUCAACAACCAUGAAAGCCUGGGAGAAAAGGUGGGCCAAAGCUUGUUUAUGUGGGGGACAUUGGAAGUGGACAUGA